AUGGGUAUAAGAAGAUUAAUUGGUGGUAUAACGCGGCCCAUAUUUAACAAAAUUGACCCAUCUGGUCAAUACUCGAGAGUACUUGCUGCGCGUAAGGACCAGGGACAAUCUUCCACCAAAUACAUUAACAAAGAUAAGUUAGCAAAGCAACCUUACAAAUAUCACGUUUUCUCGAUUCUUGGCAUAGUAUGCAUUUGCUCGCUUUUAUUAGUGUCGGUACUCAAACCUUUCAACGGUGCAGAUACACCUCGGUGUGAGUCUAUUUAUAUGUACCCAUCCUAUGCAAGGAUCGAUGGUUUUGACGAAAGAUAUACACCAUUAGCGCACAAGUACCAUCUUUACUUGUAUCGUGAACAAGGCGUAGACCAAGAACCUUUGAAUGGUGACGAACUGCAGCUUGAUGGCAUUCCUGUGCUUUUCAUACCUGGAAAUGCAGGUUCUUUCAAACAAUCUAGAUCAAUUGCUUCCGCUUGCUCCAGUUUGUAUUUUGAUCUUAAUACCAGGGCAACUUUGAAUAAUGAAAAUGUUAAAAAUUUAGACUUUUUCACGGCAGAUUUCAAUGAAGACUUCACUGCUUUCCACGGUGAAACAAUGCUUGAUCAAGCUGAAUACCUAAAUGAUGCUGUCAGCUAUAUUUUAUCUCUUUAUGAGAGAACUUCUGACUAUCCCCACCCAAUUCCACAAUCAGUUAUUAUCGUGGGUCAUUCAAUGGGUGGUAUUGUAUCUAGGGUCAUGCUAACCUUGAAAAACCAUAUCCCAGGAAGCAUAAGCUCUAUGUUAACUUUAUCUUCACCCCAUGCUGCAUCACCGGUAACUUUCGAUGGUGACAUUUUAAAAAUUUACAAAAACACCAAUGAAUACUGGAGAGAUCAAUUAUCCAAAAACGACUCUUUUUUCUCAAGGAAUGUUUCGUUGAUUUCCGUUACAGGUGGUAUAUUGGAUACUACUUUACCUGCAGAUUAUGCAUCCGUUGAAGACUUGGUUAGCCUAGAUAAUGGUUUCACCAGCUUUACAACUACUAUUCCAGAAGUUUGGACCCCAAUAGAUCAUUUAGCCAUUGUCUGGUGUAAACAACUUAGAGAAACACUAGCACGUCUUUUAUUGGAAAGUAUAGAUGUCUCUAAACCUGAAAAAGUUAAACCAUUGAACGAGAGAUUGCAAAUUGCAAGAAAACUAUUACUUUCGGGGUUUGAAAAUUAUUCAACUGCGAACAGUAAGUUAAAUAAACCUCAACUGAAUUUACAAGAAUUUAGUGACAACUUCUUUUCUGAUUAUGCCACUUUGACAACGAACAAUAUCUUGGACAUUGAAAUGCUCAACCUCGAAAAGUGGAAUAAUAACUACACAAGAAUAAAUAUUCCAAGUAACAUAUCCUCUACGGAACACCUGCAUUUUAUGUUAUUAACUAGUCUGAAUAAGCCUAUGAUCUAUUUUUGUAAAGAAUCCAUGAACCUAAGCUGUGUAACGGCCACUGAUAGUAUUCUGACAGUGCCUAGGUCUUCAAAAGAUGCCGAGUUCGCAGCUGAUUCUUCUUUUGGAGAGAGUAAAGUUCCCUUCAAGGCCAUCGCUGUUGGAAAAAACAUACUACAAAAAUAUGAUUACUUAAUGAUAAGCAAGCCUACUUAUGAUGAGUAUUUUAAACAAGAAACUAUAGAGGGACACAAAGGGUUUCUUUUGGCGUUAUUAUCCGAUUCGUCUGCUGUGCAAGUGAUUGAUACUACACCUACCCAAAUUAUGCUUUUCGGAGAAGAACUAUAUUUGGAUGGCAAAGAUAUUGCGAAAGUUAUUACUUUCAAUAAUCUAUGGGAUUCUUUACUAUCGUAUAAAUUAGAGGCAAAAAUUGAAGCCAAAAACGGAAGUAUUGCAGCUGAUGAGGCAUUAUUUCAGCCUUUCGUAAGGCAAUGGGUUCAUGAACCAUUCGAGUCUAAGUGGCAUUUGAAUGUUCUCGACAAAAGCGUCGAUAUAAAUAUGCACAACGUAGCACCAUUUAUUCCAAUAAAUGAAAGUGAAUCAAGAUCACUACAAUUAACUUUCUUUGUUCCACCUGGAAUGUCUCUAAAAGCUAAAAUGAGUAUCAAUUGGUCAUUGACUUUGAAAAUGCUUUUUAUCAGAUACCGAUUAGCACUUGCAUCUUUUCCAAUUGCGUUUAUUGCACUAGUAUUGGCAUACCAGUUUUACUGGUACAACAAGACAUCUGAAUUUCCCUCCUUUGACAUCAUGUUAGGCUACAUCAUAAAAAGGCACGGAAUAUUCAUGAUUUUUGCACUUUUUAUAACUUCACCCAUAGUCAAUAGUAAGUUGGUCCAACGAAUACUUUAUUUUUUGGAUCCAGUCGGUUUAAAUAAUCCAUUUCUACUAUCUGACAAACAUAUGCAUACAAAUUUUUAUUAUUUGGGGAUUAGGGACUGGCUCAUGUCAACUAUUGGAAUACUCUUCGGGAUUAUGACAAUUGGACUGUUGGCUCUAAUUUUUAAGUGUUUUAAAUUUUUGGAAUCAUUGAUAACCUUUGUCCAACGGAAACUUCCAAAUGGGAAUGCUGAAAGCAAAGAAAACUUGGAUAUUAUUGAACCUAAAGUAUAUGAUAAGGGAAGAUUAAUUGUAUCCCUUUUUUUAUUACUGUUGGUAUUUCUUUACAUACCGUACCAGAUGGCAUUUGUUAUCACAUUAAUAAUCCAGAUAGCUACCUGUGUUAGAAUAACACUGCUAUCAAACAAUGAAAAAAGAAUGAACUUACUAAAUUAUAAUAUAACGUUGCUCAUGCUUUUAUUGUUUGUUAGUGCAAUUAACAUUCCAAUCAUCAUUGUGUUCUUGCAUAACGUUGCUAUUAAAUGGGAAACAUCAUUUAGGUCACACCACAACGUCCUAGCGGUAGCACCCAUUAUUUUUUUGGUUGGAAAUAAUUCCGUUUUCAAAAUGCCAAAGAGCAUACCGAUAGAUUCAUUGGAUGGUGCAAUUACCGUCAUUUUUUUCGUGUACUUGACCGUCUUCAGCUUCAUUUAUGGAAUAAGAAACUUAUAUUGGAUACAUCAUUUAGUAAAUAUAAUAUGCGCCUGGUUACUAUUUUUUGAAACAAUACAUUAG